UGCGGAGCUCUAAACACCGGGACAACAAGUCAGCAGAACCUGAUAGAGGAAAUAUUACUGCUUUUAUUUUGCUUUUAUCUUCCUGUUUACACUGGAUACUCGUUUCUCACCCAACAUGGCUGUGACCGAGGCUGGAUGUGAUCUAACUUACUGCAAAAUGAGGGGAAUUGUAGCCGUGGUGACGGCUUUCAUCAAAGAGAGAAAAAUGGGGUUGAAUGACUUCAUACAGAAGCUGGUGUCUACUCCACAUAUCUGCCAACAUGUUGAAGUUAACAACUUUCUGAAGAUUGACGAGAAUCAGAACGAGGAGGUUGAAAAUGACGAUCUUCUUGGUAGUCCGAUGUGCCUAAAGUCAAGAAGUUCACUGGCUGAGGACACUCAGAUCAAACCCUGUGAUUUUGACUACCUCAAAAUCAUCGGUAAAGGCAGCUUUGGAAAGGUUCUGCUGGCUCGACACAAGGAGUCCACAAAAUACUACGCUGUGAAAGUGCUACAGAAGAAAAUAAUCCUGAAGAAGAAAGAACAAAAACAUAUCAUGGCUGAGCGCAGUGUGCUGAUGAAGAACAUCAAACACCCCUUCCUGGUUGGGCUGCACUACUCCUUCCAGACGACUGACAAGCUUUACUUUGUACUGGACUACGUCAAUGGUGGAGAGCUGUUCUACCAUCUUCAGAGAGAGAGGGUCUUCCUGGAGCCCAGAGCCAGGUUCUACGCUGCUGAAAUUGCAAGUGCACUUGGCUACCUCCACUCCAUGCACAUUGUAUACAGGGACCUGAAGCCUGAGAACAUCCUGUUAGACUCACAGGGACAUAUUGUCCUGACUGACUUUGGCCUCUGCAAAGAAGGCGUUGAGGCUAAUGGCACAACUACAACCUUCUGCGGGACGCCCGAGUACUUGGCCCCUGAGGUUCUCCAGAAGCAAGCGUACGACCGCACAGUUGACUGGUGGUGCCUGGGAUCUGUGCUCUACGAGAUGCUCUAUGGACUCCCCCCGUUCUACAGUCGCAACACAGCUGAGAUGUACAACAACAUCCUGCACAAGUCUCCGAUGCUGAAGCCCAAUGUUUCAAACUCAGGCAGGGAGCUGCUGGAGGGGCUCCUGCAGAAGGACCGCACCAAGAGGCUGGGAGUGAAGGACGAUUUUCUGGAACUCAAGCACCAUUCCUUCUUCUCUCCAAUCAACUGGGACGACCUGAUGGCCAAGAAGAUCACACCUCCAUUCAUCCCCUCAGUGAGUGGCCCCACAGACCUCCGACACUUUGACCCUGAGUUCACCCACCUGCCCGUGUCCUCCUCCCUGUGCACUGACGCUCCGCACAAUGUGACCAGCAGCAUUAGGGAAGCAGCGGGAGCCUUUCCGGGCUUUUCUUACGGGCCUCCAGCAGACCACUCUUUCAUGUGAACAUCUUUGCUCUUCUGUCCUGGGAACCCACAGGAAACAGGAUAAAAGCUCUGGAUCAAGAGUCUUAUUUUAAAAAGAGGGACCACACUGGAGCAGCCUGUCUGGGGGACGUUAUAAGAGGAUCUAACUGACAAAAUGAACUUGAAUACCGAGGAUAAUGUGCAUGACUUGUGUACAGAUUGGGACUCUCAUGUUACAACACCACUGGUUCUACACUUACGCCUCAACCACCUGAAAAAUGACAAUAUGUGUGCCAAGUAUGGAUGCACUCUGGGGUCAUACAACAUCACUACACUCCGUUGACUCCGGACCUCACAGCCACCGGUGAAGUGACAUGAAGAGAAGUGCCUGAGGUUCAAAAGGCAGUUUGAACAGCGGCAGCAGCGUUUUGGCGAGAUCCGGCAUUAUCAGAAACCACAAAACUGUUUCACAUGAGCGGACUUUUGACCAGGGCGCUAGCCGUUAAGGGGGAUGCCUUCAUUACAUGUUUGCAUAUGUUAAGACUGUGUUUGUCUGAAAGUUCACAAUGUAUUUUUAUUUUCAUGUGAAUGCUCAAUUGCACUUGAGGAAACAAGGGUCAAGAAAAGCGUAACAUUUUGCUUCUGGACUUCAUAUCUUUCCACUUCA